ACCCAUGGCCCGGCCGCGCGUGCGGCUGGUGGUCACCGCGGACGACUUUGGUUACUGCCCGCGGCGCGAUGAGGGCAUCGUAGAGGCCUUCCUGGCGGGGGCUGUGACCAGCGUGUCCCUGCUGGUCAACGGCGCGGCCGCGGAGAGCGCGGCGGAGCUGGCCCGCAGGCACCAAAUCCCCACGGGCCUCCAUGCCAACCUGUCCGAGGGCCGCCCGGUGGGCCCGGCCCGCCACGGCACCUCGUCGCUGCUCAGCCCCGAAGGCUUCUUCCUCGGCAAGAUGGGAUUUCGGGAGGCAGUGGCGGCCGGAGACGUGGACUUGCACCAGGUGCGGGAAGAGCUGGAGGCCCAGCUGAGCCGCUUCGGGGAAUUACUGGGCAGGGACCCCACUCACGUGGACGGGCACCAACACGUUCACGUGCUCCCAGGCGUGUGCCAGGUGUUCGCCGAGGCUCUGCAGGCCUACGGGGUGCGCUUCACACGGCUGCCCCUGGAGCGCGGGGUGGGCAGCUGCGCGUGGCUCGAGGCUCCAGCGCGCUCCUUCGCCUGCGCGGUGGAGCGCGACGCCCGGGCUGCUGUGGGCCCCUUCUCCCGCCACGGCCUGAGGUGGACGGAUGCCUUCGUGGGCCUGAGCACCUGCGGCCGGCACAUGUCCGCUCACCGCGUGUCAGGGGCACUGGCUCGCGCCCUGGAAGGUAUACCCACAGGCCAUGCCCUGACAGCCGAGCUGAUGGCCCACCCUGGCUACCCCAGUGUGCCUCCAACUGGGGGCUGCGGUGAGGGCCCCGACGCCUUUUCCUGCUCUUGGGAGCGGCUGCAUGAGCUGCGUGUCCUCACCACACCCACACUGCGGGCUCGGCUUGCCCAGGAUGGCGUGCAGCUGUGCGCCCUCCUUGACCUAGACUCCAAGAGACGCGGGGAAGUGGUCCCUGGUGAAGCCACUCUGGAAGCCUUCCUGGAGUCCUCCCCACCAUGACCCUGACAGCCAAAAACUAAAGCCUGUUCGUGCUCAGGAAGGGGGCCAGGAUUGAGCCCUGGCACAGCCAGGAACCAGGCCCUAGAUGGGCUCUGUGACUUCCCUGGGUAGGACGCUGCCACCUCUAUGCCCAGCUCCUCAUGGCUCAGAGUGGUGGCCAGAGCUUCAACAAGCCCUCUUGGCUGCAGGUGGGCUGGCCUGUGACAUCUAGGCCUGGGGCCUGUCAAGCAUUUGGUGCCCUUCACAUUGCCAUGUAAGCAUCUUCCUUGUUUAGGCGCAGUGGGGAGAGAUCACUGUGUUAAUAAAAUAACAUG